UUUGAAACAGCAUACCGCCCCCUUCUACUCCCUCUCCCUACCCACCCCCCUCCUUAACCCCUACACCACCUAACGGGCAUCUCAAAUCUCUCAUCGCAGGUACAAAUUCACCAUCUCCGUCUUCCGAUUCCCCGGAGAUCGAAUCUCUGAUCGAAAAGUUCUGUACAAAUUCACUAGGAUUGACAUUGAGUUUCAAUGGAGACAUCUGAGGCCAAGGACACGUCACAAUGCGUGAGAGUUGCUGUGAACAUUAGACCGCUAGUUACUUCUGAGCUUCUCAUUGGGUGCACUGAUUGUGUCACAGUAGUUCCCGGUGAACCACAGGUGCAAAUUGGAUCACAUGUCUUCACAUUUGAUUAUGUAUUUGGGAGUGGGGGCUAUGCUUCCUUGCGUAUAUUUGAUGAAUGUGUUGCGCCUCUUGUGGAUGCGUUGUUCCAAGGCUACAAUGGGACCGUGCUUGCUUAUGGUCAGACGGGCUCUGGGAAAACAUAUACAAUGGGCACUAAUUAUAAUGGUGAAGAGCAAACUGGUGGAGUGAUCCCAAUGGUUAUGAAUACUAUAUUCUCAAGAGCAGAGGCAAUGAAGGAAUCAACAGAAUUUCUGAUCAGGGUAUCCUUCAUUGAGAUUUUUAAGGAAGAAGUGUUUGAUUUGUUGGAUCAAAAUGCAAUAGCCUUUUGCAAAACUGAUGGGGCAGCAAAGCCUACAGGAGGCCCUGCUAGGGUUCCCAUUCAAAUAAGGGAAACGGUUCACGGAGGAAUUACUCUGGCAGGUGUCACAGAGGCAGAAGUAAGGACAAAAGAAGAGAUGGCGUGCUUCCUGUUGAGAGGAUCAGUGGCACGAGCCACUGGAAGCACAAAGAUGAAUAGUCAGUCAAGUCGGUCACAUGCCAUUUUUACCAUAUCAUUGGAACAAAAGAAAUCAUCCAAUUGCUCAAGUGGAUCAACGAAUGAUGACGGUGAUGACAUAUUAUGUGCCAAGCUUCAUUUGGUUGACCUUGCUGGUUCAGAGCGAGCGAAGCGAACUGGAGCUGAUGAAAUGCGUUUACGAGAGGGCAUUCAUAUCAACAAGGGAUUGCUUGCUCUUGGCAAUGUAAUCAGUGCCCUUGGUGAUGACAAGAAGCGGAAAGAAGGUGCCCACAUCCCAUACAGAGAUAGCAAGUUAACACGUCUCUUACAGGACUCACUUGGAGGAAACAGCAAGACAGUUAUGAUUGCUUGUGUCAGUCCUGCUGACACCAAUGCAGAGGAGACCCUAAAUACUUUGAAGUAUGCAAAUCGUGCUCGCAACAUUCAGAACAAAGCUAUCGUCAACCGCGACCCAAUGGCAGCCCAAAUGCAAAGAAUGAGGAGUCAAAUUGAGCAGUUGCAAGCCGAGCUUCUUUAUGUUCGUGGAGAUUCUGGUGCACCAUUUGAAGAACUCCAGAUUCUUAAGAGCAAGAUUUCUUUGCUAGAAGCAAGCAAUGCAGAGCUACAGAAGGAGGUAAAAGAACGCCGGAUUCGCUGCGAACAAUUAACACAAAGUGCUAUUGAUGCCCAGGUUGAAAGGGAUAGACUAAUCUUGAAGAUUGAAUCUUCUAAAAAUGGUAGCCCUUGGAGUGAGAUAGACAACUCUGAUCAGGAUUUGGGUUUGGUGAAAAAGUAUGUAAGCAAAAUUCAAGAACUAGAAGCAGAGUUGCUUCACUCACAAAGUUCCAGUAAUUCAAAGCAUGGUGAACCUGUUGAUUAUCUUGGGUUAGACUAUGGUGAGCUUCUAUCAAAGGGUUCAUGUUCAGAGGAUUCUGACAUCAAAAGUGUCGAUACAAAUGGUGAGGCUGAAGUGGAGGAGAAAGAGCUUGAACAUUCUUCUCUUCAAGAAAAAUUGGAUAUGGAGCUUAAGGAGUUGGACAAAAAACUCGAACAGAAGGAGGCUGAAAUGAAGAGGUUUGCGACAGUUGAUACCUCAGUUUUAAAGCAACAUUAUGAGAAAAAGGUCCAUGAACUGGAACUGGAAAAGAAAGCUCUGCAGAAAGAAAUAGAAUCCCUCCACCGCAACCUUUCUAACAUUUCAUCAAAUUCUGAUGAAAGUGCUCAAAAAUUGAAGGAAGAUUAUCUUCAGAAAUUAAAUCUUCUGGAAUCACAGGUUGCUGUGUUGAAGAAGAAACAGGAUGCUCAAUCUCAGCUUUUGAGACAAAAACAGAAGAGCGAUGAUGCAGCAAAACGUCUUCAGGAUGAAAUCCACAGAAUUAAGACACAGAAGGUUCAAUUACAACAAAAGAUAAAACAAGAAUCUGAGCAGUUCAGGUUGUGGAAAGCUUCAAGGGAAAAGGAGGUUCUUCAGCUUAAGAAGGAGGGAAGAAGAAAUGAAUAUGAGAUGCAUAAGCUCUUGGCACUGAACCAGAGGCAAAAGAUGGUGUUGCAGCGGAAAACUGAAGAAGCUUCUAUGGCCACUAAACGACUUAAGGAGUUGUUAGAGUCUCGAAAAACAUCACGUGAUAUUGCAGGCUCCGGAAGUACUAGUGCUGCAGGAUUCCAGGCAUUGAUGCAAGCAAUUGAACAUGAACUAGAAGUUACUGUCCGGGUCCAUGAAGUGCGGUCAGAAUAUGAGCGCCAGAUGCAAGAGAGAGCAAAAAUGGCCAAUGAGGUUGCUGAGUUGAAGCUGAAAACCUUGAGUGACUGCCCCCAGAAAAUGUCUCCGGGUGCAAGAAAUUCCAGGAUAUUUGCACUUGAAAACAUGCUUGCCACCUCAUCUAGCACACUUGUCUCCAUGGCAUCACAGUUAUCGGAAGCAGAAGAGCGUGAACGUACCUUUAGUGGUAGGGGCAGAUGGAACCAAGUCCGGUCUCUUGCUGAUGCAAAAAAUAUUAUGAACUUUUUAUUUAACCUUGCAUCAUCUUCUAGAUGCCAGCUGAGGGAUAGGGAAGUUGAAUGCAGAGAGAAGGAUGCUGAAAUCAGGGAGUUGAAGGAAAAAGUCGUAAAUUUGGUCAGACAGCUAGAGUUGCAAAAGAAUGAAUUGAGACAGCUAGAGUUGCAAAACAGUGAACUGAUUCAGCAGGAGAAGUUGAUGAAAUUGGCUUUAGAACAUCCCGUUGGAAGGACAGACAGUUCUGUCUCUAAUGAGCUAAGCAGCAUUGACGGGCAUGAUGAUGACCUAAGGCAAAAGAAAUUGGCUUUAGAACACCCCGCUGGAAGGACAGACAACUCUGUCUCUAAUGAGCUAAGCAGCAUUGACGGGCAUGAUUAUGACCUGAGGCAAAAGGGGAACCGGAGUUCCUUAAUCUACAGUGGUGGAUGGAAGCUAGAAGAAGAUAUGGAUACAUCUGAUUCAGAUUGUUCUUACCAAGACAAAACUGACACUGAUUAUGAUUUAGUAUGCUGUUCGUGCAGUAAAAAAUCUUUAUGCAAGACAACCAGAUGUGAAUGCCGGGCUGUGGGUGGUUCUUGUGGGGUAUUAUGUGGUUGUGACCCUAUAAAGUGCAGCAACAGAGAGACUUCUACCAAGAACCAGUUGCCCUCAUUAGAUGUUGUAGGUGAUAAGGGAAACACAUUGGGAACUGAUGAAGCUGAGAGUAGUCAAACACUGGCUUCUCAAGGAGCAAUGUUACUUCAGAGUGCGCUUUCUGAAAAGCCCAUACAGUCGAAGGAUGAGGGUGAAACAAAACGAAAGCCUCUUUCUGACAUUGGAAAUACCAGGGCGAAAUCAAAUGCGCCAAAACCUACUCAGCGGAAGCAAUGGAGGAAAUCUGUUAUUCAACUUGUUCCUACUGCUCCUACGACUCAAGCAAGUAAUGCAGAUGCCCCAAUAAAAACAUCUCAACCUGGCAAUGCUGAUGCAUCAGUGAAAACAGAAAACCAUGUUGGUGAGAUUAAUGCUUCUGCAUUAAAAUUACCCAGAGCCAUGCGUUCUGCAUUAACAAAUGGGAAUAACACCUUAAGAGAAAGGAACUCCGAGACUAAUGAUUCAGUUGUUGCCCAGACAACACCUCCAGCUCCCAAGAGUCCUCUACGGCAGUCUAAGGCAUUGGACGAGAAGGAAAAUUGAGGAGCAUGAUUUCUAUUUGUUUAAUUCAAAUUGUAUGUAUAGAGGUUCUGCCACUUGAUUUCUGUAUGGCUAGUCUUUUCCUAACCUGAAAAAGAGGUGCCUUAAUUGAUCAUAGGUCCUGAUCUAUGUAUUAGGAUACUGGAGGCUCUAAUCUGAAGAGCAUCUCUGUUGUAAUUCUUCAAACUUUUUCCAAUAUUUAAGUGAAAUUGAUUGUUUUUCA